CGAGCACUGAGCUCAGCGGUAGCAGAUCGUGAAUCGUUGUACACAAGCAACAGUUACAGUCCCCGACACAGACCCAGAUCCUGGGUUCCUAACAAUUUAGGGCGCGUGCAUUGUGUAUUACAGAGAAUAAGAGACAGAGAGAUAAAGCAAGAGAAGGAGAAGGAGAGCAGGAGGAGACUUCCUGUCUGGGCCACUUAGCAUUCUAAUUCCCCAAACGCAUUCGAACACGUGCUGCAACGUCUGUGGCAAGGAUUUGUAGUGGGACCGGCUCCAACUUCAUUGGCAACUUCGUCGACUCCUCCAAUCAGCAGGCAACAGCAGUAACUCCGCUAACGGCUUCUUUUUUCGCUCGUUUUUUGUUUCGGCAUUGUUGGUGUCCUUUGGUGCUCCUUUCUAUUUUUUGUUUUUUUUUUGUUUUUUUGUUUCCAUCAUGCAUUCGCCAACUGCCAAAGUGUCGGGCUAUAUAGUCCUGAUGAUUGUGCAAAUAAUUUUCCUGAUUCUAUUCUGGCUGUUCGUGCGUUACGAGAAGGCUGUUUUGCCCCAGGCAAUCGGUGCUGAAGACGCUGGAUCAGCAAACGAACACGUUUCAAAAUAUCCGCAGUUCCAAGAUAUUCAGGUGAUGAUCUUCAUUGGCUUCGGAUUUCUGAUGACUUUCCUGCGCAAAUAUGGAUACAGUGCCACAGGAUAUACAUUGUUUAUGGCCGCUUUGGUGGUGCAAUGGUCAAUUCUGAUGAAGGGAUUCCUUCACAUGGAGUCGGGCAAAAUUAGCUUGUCUUUGGAGAACAUCAUCGAUGCGGAUAUUGCCGCCGCUGUGCCCUUAAUUAGUAUGGGAGCACUGCUGGGAAGGACCACGCCAAUUCAAUUGCUUUGCAUGUCCAUCUUCGAGGUGGCACUGUUUGCCGCCAACGAGUAUUUGGCCCUGAAUGUCUUGAGUAUCUGUGACUGUGGCGGCUCUAUAACGGUGCAUGCCUUUGGUGCCUAUUUCGGUCUCGCUGUGGCCCUAAUGCUGCGUCCAGCAAGCGAUCAGAACGAGGCCGGAAAGCAUGAAGGAGCCAACUAUUUGUCGGAUAUUAGUGCAAUGAUCGGCACUACUUUCCUGUGGGUCUAUUGGCCCAGCUUUAACUCGGUUCUGGCUGAUGGAGCUGGCGGGGAACGAGCCAUUUUGAACACGUUUCUAUCAUUAGCCGCGGCAACAGUGACCACCUUCGUUGUAUCCGCACUUGUCAGCCAUGAGAAUAAAUUGGAUAUGGUGCACGUGCAGAACUCGACACUGGCCGGCGGCGUGGCCGUUGGCACCGUUUGCAACUUGCUUCUCGGCGCACACGGUGCUGUCUUAAUUGGCAUUAUCGCCGGCACGGUUUCGGUGCUCGGCUAUCGCUAUUUAACCCCCUGGCUAACCUCCAACUUGCGACUACAUGACACCUGUGGCGUACACAAUCUACAUGGCCUACCGGCCCUAAUUUCGGCCAUUGCCUCGGCUAUUUAUGCCUCAAUGGUCACUGUGGACGACUACCAAUCGGAGCUGGAGGAUAUUUUCCCAGCCAUGGUGGGGAACAAUGGCACUGCCACCAAAAUUAUGGGCGGCUUGGGCAGGAAUGCUAGUUCGCAGGCGGGCUACCAACUGUUUGGCAUUGUUGUGACACUCCUGAUAGCCAUAGGUGGUGGCAUAUUGACAGGUGCCGUUUUAAAGUACACAAACUUCCGUAAUCUGCAAAAGGACGAACACCAUCUGGAUGAGCAAUACUGGGAGGUGCCAGCAUUGGAGAACAAAGAGGAAUAGUUGAGUUUUGAGCCUGCCAGCCAUCAAAAUUUCCUCCAUCAUCACUAAUAUGUUGCUUAAAUGUUUGCCAAAAAAUCGAACGAUCGAAUAUCUGUUAUGCCAUGUCUUAGUACUGUAUGCUUAAAAGACAUCAUUUAUUUUGUAUUAUUUUAUUCAAUUCCAUAAAUGGGAUUGGUAUGUUUUAGUCUAAAAUGCCUUGCACAGUGGGUACGAAUAAGCUCAGAAGUCCGCACAUACAUACACACAUACAUAUACAUAUAUAUGUAGAUGGUGUAAAGUAAUUCUUGAACCCAGUUAGGCUAAAAUCGUUGUGUCUGAUCGAAGAGCGACAUUCUGUUAACGUGGCCCACUGUGUUUGGGAUAUUUCUUUGCUUGCUGUCUUGGUACACUUUUUAAAAAUUUCUUGUAUACGUUUUUGUACAAUGUUUUUUUUU